UAAAAGGAAUCUAUGUUGGCAACUUCAGAGAUUCCAAAGAUGAGACACAGCUGAACAAUAAUAACAUCACACAUAUCCUAUCAAUACAUGACAAUGCCAAGCCUAUAAGACCAGAUAAAGAGUACCUCUGUUUUUCUGCGGAUGAUGCGCCGGGACAAAAUUUAAUCCAAUUUUUUGCAGAGAGUAACAACUUUAUCCAUAAAUGCAGACUAGAAGGCGGCAAUGUUCUUAUACAUUGCCUCGCUGGUGUAUCUCGAAGUGUCACCCUUACUGUGGCGUAUAUGAUGACCGUUACUGAUUAUAAAUGGGAGGACUGUCUCCGGGCGGUGAAGACAUGUAGAACAGUGGCACAUCCCAACUUUGGUUUCCAGAGACAACUACAAGAAUAUGAAUAUUCAAAGUUAGCAGAAUUCAAGCAAGACAUCAGGCUUCGGUUCCCUGAAUAUUCAGCGGAUGAAGACACCAAGAAGAUGCAGGCCCUUCUGGAGAAAUACCACCAAGAAAAUAAGGAUGCUAACCAUGGCCGAGACCCCCAUGAGGGUUUCAUCUACCCCCUCCCAAGAAACGCCUACAAUAUUAGACUCAAGAAGGAGAAGGAGGCGAGGGAAAAAGCAGCAGAGUCUCAGGGAUCAACGGGGAUGACUGAAUCAACAACAGCAUCGGCAACCUUGGAGGAAUCAUCGAAGAACGUGGAAAUGGCCUUUGCAGAUCAACAAGACUGAUACGUAGCAUACUUUAGAUGUUUUGUAAUCAUAUACAUACAUAUAUAUAUAUAUAUAUUGAGAGAGAGAGAGAGAGGUUGUAGUCAUCUUUUCAUUCAAAUGAAAAACAAGACAAUGGUCAAUUAGAUGGUGAUUCUCAUCUGUGCAGGUUACAGAGUAAAAGUGAAAUAAAUUUUGGCAAUGUCUUCAAAGUCCUUCAUGCUGUAUGCAGGUUUGAAAGUGAAUAUUGGUAAAAACCGGUUUACAGUGCAGAAUGUCCCCCAGCAGUGAGUGACCACCUUAUUGCUACCUACCACUGUGAUCAGCAAAUAUCAACUGUGACGUUUAAGUGUCAUUAAUUUGUGUCCAUCUUUAAGAAAAAUCACAAAUUCAAGCCAAGUUGCAAGACCAGUAUGCUGUAUCCAUGAAUGCAUGGUUCGACCUGCACUUUAAUGAAAAAUAAUAAUCAUAAAUCAAAUGUCAUCGAGCACAAUCUUUGAAGCGCAAUCGAAAACUAUCCGUACCUUAUCUGGUUUCAUAGCAUGCAGGACUGAAUGGUGCGGAAGGUACCAUUGUUCCUUGUCAUCUGAGAAGGAUUCUUCUUCAGGCACUUCUUUCGCAGAAGCCUUUAUGUAACAGAUCUGCCAUGCCUUCCGGGUACUUUGAGCACAAUCUUUCGUCUAAGCUCAAUUUUCUGCUAAGGCUCUCCAGUCUCUGCUCUGCUACCCAUCUAUUAUUUGGAGGCUCUGGUGGUCUAUGUUUAGAUGGUAUGGGCAGCUGAUAAUGUCCAUCUUCCAUGGCCUUUCCUUUUUCCCGUAUCUCAGGUUACCUUUUCUGUCAUUCACCUACAGGCCCCUUUCAUCAGUUGAGUCUGCUUCCAAUUUCCAAAAUCUUUCAAGCUGUGUCUGCAGAUGAGAGUCACCAACAAUAAAGCUGCUUGAAGCCUUGACAUGUCCAUGAUUAUCCUUUCCAGAUAUCGGACCAUGUAAGGACCAUCCGAGAAUUGUACGUACAGCAUAUGGUCCAGUCUCUGCCUUUCUCACCUCCAGAGGAAGGAGAGCCUUGGGUGCAUCUUGACCAAUGAACAGACCGAUCUCCUGCCCUCUUGCGAUUGGCAAAUUAAUAUCCUGUAAAUGGGGCCAACCAGAAAUCUCUCCAUGUGAUCACUCCUGAUGUGUAUCCUCUCCUUAAUGAACACAUUUUCCAUCCUAACUGUUUCAGCCGUCGGGCCAGUGUCGACUACCAGAUCCACCACUUUGGUUUCCAACAUCUGUUUAUUGUUGGUGGUCAACGAUAGCCUCUGUGUCUGACCUUUGGCUUUUAACUUCUCCGCCAGGCUCUUGGUACAGAAGGAGUUUGUGGAUCCUGUAUCCAACAAGGCAUAUGUUCUCAAAGCUUUACCACCAGUUGCUGCUUGGACUCGAACAGGCAAAAUGGGCAGGACACAUCUUUUACCGGCCCUGUGGCGUUAACAAAGGUGCUGUUAGCAGUCUCGACAAACCCAUUCUGAGAUGAUGGUGCUGUGGUUCCAUCAGUCUCAUUGGAACUGGAUGACUGCUGGCUUGUAUCCUUUAGAAACAUCUGUCCUCUGUGAUUCAUCCUUCCUUUUAAGAUGCAGAAAUCUAUUAUGUUUCCUACUGCAUCCUUUCGCAGAGCAGGUUCUAUUUAGGAAACAUUUACUUGAACUGUGUCCUGGCUGGAGACAAUUAAAUCACAAAUGCUUAUCCUUGACCAUUUGAAGAUGUUCUUCAAGUGUCAUGUCCUUAAACGGGUCGCAGGAAAAGAUGCCAUGCGCAUUGUCACAAAGAGCACAAUCCACUUCCUUUGUCUGAUCUGAUCUGGUAAAGUUUACACCAGCCUGUUGAUGUGACUUUCUCUCAAGUGACUGUUUUGAUCCUUGAGGCUGCUUCUUAUCUCCACACGGUUCUCUAUAGACUGGAUCAUCAAUUUCGCAGGCUGCGUCGGCCUUGACAGCCUUGACGGCCUUGAGCCACCUGGCCCGCAGAUAGUAAGGUAGUCUCUCAACAAUCUUGACAAGUUGUUGUGAACUCAUCUCAGCCACCAUGUCCACUGCCUUUAGGGUCUCACAGCAAAUCUGCAGCUCAUCUGUGAAUUUCUGCAAUCCUUUCCUGUCACUUGGCUGCAGUGACUUUCUUUGUCUAAGCAUCUCCGAUCUUAAACUUAAAACAUCUUCAGCCAUGCCUAAGGAUACAGAAAGUAUUCACCUAGUCAAGGCAUCUCUCGCUUGUAACCUCUGACCUACUUUCAGUCAUGCCACUUGUGCAUGGCCAUUGUUUACUAAUUAUCACUAUUAUCAUAAAAAAACACAUGCAUACAAAAUCAUCUUGUCACUAACAAACCACUUCAUGUAAUUAUGUACCAUUUACUUUUUCAUAUGUGAUGUAAAUGAAAUUGUAAACAAACUAGCCCAAAUCAUCACAUGUGAGUGCCUCAUUCAAGUUUUGCGCACUACACAUACUAUAUUUAUACAUGUACAUAGAGUAGACACGCCCACAAUAUAUUUCACUAAUCAUGAGCAACAAUUCAUAAAACUUUUUAAGCUUAAAUUUUAGCCAAAUAUUUCACCAUUUAAAUCAUUUCUCAGACAUAAUCAGUCAACUAUUCUCUAUCAUUUAACACUGACCUUUGAAUACUUACAACAUUGGGCUUGGUCUGAAAGCAGAAAUAACGAGGACAACAAAUAUGCAAUUUUUUUUCAAGAACAAAGUGAAAACAUGGGGGAAAAUACAAUGCCAUCUAUUGACUGGCAACAAAACCUACGCUUCUGAUGUCACCUAAAGUUGACCUGGAAAUGAUACGUAAAUUUGAUAUUAUUGUUUUAUUUUUUAAAAUUGCAUCGUGGUGCACUCUACUGCAACAUAUUCCCUUUGCUGUACCAUACACAUUGACCUGAGCCUAUGUGGCACAGGUGCGAACAAUAUUGCUGCUUUCAUGUUCCAUGUAAUUAGGAGCUCACGCAUGAUAAAAAUGAGAAUAUAUUUUAUUGUUAUCAUUGUUUACGAUUUGACUGUUAAUGCUUGCAUCCUCUGGAUGAUAAUUUCAUCCUUUACUCUUGAGUGGUUGUACUUUUAAGUGACUGAAUGCUGCAUCUUCAGAUGAUAGAAAUUUAUUGGUCAAUAUUUUUGUAUUAUAUCAUCAUUCUUAUUAGGCCCCUAAUUUGAUUCGCAGUAUAAAUAUUGCUUUCAGCUCUCCUCCACAUGUGACAGAUAAGGGUGGCAAAGUUCUAACACUCAGCUGAGCUAUAGCAAAAUGUCCCCAGUGCAAAAUUGUGGAAGUCAAGGACACAGAUUCACUCUGAUCAAGCAUAUUAUGUACCGGUACUGUGCACAGGGGGACAGGGAAGCUUUUGUCGUCGGUACAUUGGCCUUGCAUCAUGCAGUUGACAAGUUUUUGAAAGAUUCUGUCAUACUACUUGUAGUGAUAUGCAAUGAAAUCUAAUUUGAUGAUUAUCAGUGUGCUGAAAUAUAUUUCUUAUAAGAAAUAUGUACCAUAUAAGAAAUAUAUACCUUAACAGAAAUAUAUGUUUGUAUUGGUAAAGUGGUCACUGUUGAUCAUCAGGUAUAGCCAGAAGACGAAUUGCCAAUUUUAAAUCAAGUAUGCUGCUUUUGCCAAAGAUAUUGAUUAUUUACUUUGUAACUUUUUGGUCCUUUAAUCAGAUGGGUAGUAACGAUUUUGUUAACUGUUGUUUGAUAUAAAUUCUGCCUCCACCAUUGUAAGAUCUGAAAUAUAUUACACUUGUGAAAUGAUCUAAGCCUAUUGUCACUCCUAUACACAUGAAUCAAGGUCAAUUCUGAUUUAUCCAUUUGAUCUGCAGGAUAUUGUGACAUUGAGUGAUAACCUUCAUGGACUUUGACCUGUCAAAAAAAUAUAUUGAAUUAUAAAGCAAAUCUUUUAAAUGCCCUUAAUCUUUUUUUUCACUUGAGAUUUUGUGACAAUAUUCAGUGUUAUAUUCCCUUUUUUAUUGUAAAUACCCUUACAUUUUAUAAAUUCAUAUUGAAAUUUGUUAAAAGCUAAAGAUUCACAAAUUUGCCUGAUUUGGACUUAUUAGUGUGAAUUAGUGUAAAUUCACCAUUAUUCUGAGUUUGAAAUUUAGAGAAGAAAUAGAGAAAGAUUAAAGCUUUCACCACUUUUUAAUAUGAGUGCCAUGACAACUCAUAGCUUAGAAAUUUAUGUAACUUUCAUGUCUUAUUAUCAUAGCAACCUUCAUAUUCUUAAAGCUAAAUGACAGUAGUUGCAGCAAAAACUGAUUUCGUGAGAAAGUCUGUAAAACCAAGGUUAAGUAUUACUAUAUCAUCGUGGAUCUAGAUCUGGUACAGUUACAUAAACUGAACUUUGUGAAAUCAUAAUAUCUAAGCUAAAAAACGAUCACACUGAGGAUCGCCAACACAGAUAGGCACACGUGGGAUAGUGUAUUAUUAUUGCUGGAAUAAAGACCCGACGGAAGUGACAGAAUCCGCGCUUAUUUCUCAGCAAUUACACAAUUUCUUCCAGAAUCCUUUGGCACAUAUUUUUUAUUCAUACAAACAGACACUUUGGUGAUCAUUAUAUUAAAUUCUGUAAAAAGUCAUUUUGAGAUCGUCCCCACAACUGAAAUUCAUCUUUAAAGCAUUGUAAACAUGGUUGACAUAUUUAGACGUGUAGGCAACUCCCCUAAUCUUCCACAUGGUCAAACUUUUACCAAGAAAACCAUGUCCCUUUUUACAAAUCUUGGCCGUAACAUUUUUCAUGACUUACCAAUCCUAUUCCCCUUUGGAAAACAUUUUGUUGAGGAUGCAAAUGUACAUUCAUAUUGACUUACAGAAGAGGUCUUGUUAACAGACAAAUAUUCAUGUUUCGCCAACUGCUAUCAUCUUUAUUAAUAUUUGUAGUUUUCUUGAAUAUUCAUGGUGAGAAUUUGUGCUUGGCCUUUAUUAAACAUGAUUCAGACUUGUACCUCGAGACCUAAUUUAUUACAGUGGUGUUACAGAGUUUAGCAAAUGUCUUCACUUUAUUUCCUGCCAAUAUGUCACAGAUUUCUUGGUGAAUUUGAUGAUUAGUAUUACACGUCGUAAAUAUAGAAUCAUGGUCUUUGAUUUGUAUAAGGAUUGUAGGACUUGGGAGUCUGUGUACUAGAUUAUGUUGGUGAUGUGGUGAGGAUAGAUUGUAGUGAUGUUAAUGAAGAUGGAGGUAUUUCAAUGCUCUAACAUAAUUGAAACACAUUACUACCUGAUAUGUUAUUAUUAUUAUUUUUUUUACAAAUGAUGAUUCUCAGGUUUUCCUCAGGAGAGUUGAGAUUUUAUUCAGUCAAUUCACAGGCAUUCAGAGCUAUUCAGCCAAUGCUAUCAACCACAACAUUGUGAAUAAACAAAUGUCAACUUCACAUGAAAUAUGAAC